AAAUAUCUGAGGUUUCGGUUUAGAGCAUAGAUUUAUAAAUAUAACAAGAAAUACAUAGCUCUAUGUACUACAUAUUAACUUGGAAAAAUAAUCUCUUUUUUUAUGUUAUCUACGGCUAUUAUAAUGACUUUGUCACCAUUCAGUCACUGUCAAUUCCAUUCCAGAGAAUAAAUAUAUCUGUCAAUACUAUCAGUCACCACUCACUCACUGUUUUAUUUUAGAAUUUUGUUUUGUUUGUCGUGUUCGGUCGUUUGUUUGUUGCAAAGAGUUUAAUAAGUUUAAGAGCUGCAAUUACAUCUUAUAAGUGUGUUUGAAAUUUAAACGAGAUUUAUAAUUUAAAUUGAAAUAUUUUUUUUUUUUAAAAAGCUGUGUUAAACUUAUUUUUUACAAUGCAAAGAGAACACAGGGAUGCAAUCCAAAGUAAUUUUAGCUCCCUGGUGGAGCGUACGGAUCUUGAUUCAGUUGUUACAGCUUUGUAUGAAAAGGGAGUAUUUUCCGAGCAAAUGAUCGAACCGUACAGAAACAACUCUGAGUUGGAAAGGGAUCGCAAACGUCGUCUCUACAUGGAUGUUACUCGUCGAGGACCUCAUGCAUUUGCACAUCUGGUAGAUACUCUUGGAGAGUUAGGAUACUGGGACUUGGCGCGUGAUCUGGAUCCUGAUAGUCCAUUUUCUUUUUCAAGCCAACAGAGAUUUAACCCUAUUCCCCAACCUAGGCCGACAGACAAUGAUAACUUUCGCAGUCUCAGCACAUCAAACAGGCCUAGAGCUGAACCCAACAGAAUCAAUGUGCAGUUACAGUCUACACCGCCUCCUCCUGCCGUUGAGAACAACAAUGCGGAUGAAGAGGUCACUGCACCACCAUUUAUUGUUAAAAAAAGCACAAAAUUUAUGGAGGAUGACAAUACUAAAGAUCUGAAGCUGUACAAAACGCGCGGCCGCAACCGUGGCAUCUUGCUAGACUUCACAUACACAGAGUUUGAUAACAAUAUCGAAGAGUUUCGCAAUGGCGUCGACGUGGAUUGCAACAACCUCAAGUACCUAUUUGAUGAACUCGGCUUUCGUAGGCUCGGAUACCUCAACCUUACCAAAACUGAGACAAUGGAGACGCUAAAGUCUUUGAACAACGUGUUGGUAAACAUUGAGAGCGUAUUCAUCGUGGUAUCGUCGCACGGGUACGAGCGGCCGCAUUCCUCCGACACCGACGUGCGCUGCAAGGACGGCCAGCUCAUCUCGCUGUAUGAUUUCAUGACGUACUUCAACAACCGCAACAUGCCCGCCCUCAUCGGAGUUCCCAAAGUGUUCAUCUUCCAAAUGUGCAGAGGCAGCAGUGCGGACUACGCGUGGCACUCGAGCGCGGCGCAGAUGCCGAUGCCGGCGGGGGACGUGGUGUACGACGGCCGGCCCGAGCCGCCCGCCAGCGCCGCGUCCUCCGCGCUGCACUUGUACGACCGCCCGCGACAGACGCCCCUCUACUCCGACAUACUUAUCGCGCACUCCACGCUUCCCGGGCUUGUGGCGCAUCGGGACGGCAAGCGCGGGUCGUGGUACAUCCAAGCAUUGUGCGAGGUGUUCGCAGCGCGGGCACACGACUGUCACGUGGAGAAGCUGUUCACGUUAGUUGACCAGCGCAUGCAAGACAAGUUCAAGGUGCAGACCUCCUCGGUGGACCGCUGGGGCUUCAAUAAGAGGCUGUACCUGCACCCCGGUCUCUACGAGUGAUGUACUGGCCACAGCACGCGGCCGAUAGGUUGUUUGAUGGUUGUUUCUAAGCAAUUUGACUGAUGUGUCUUCCGCAGUUGUAGAUUUUAAUUGUAGUGCAUGGUUCUAUUACCUUUUGUUUAUAAGGCAAAUAAUUUCAUAUACUAUUUCUCACUUAAUCAGAGGUGUGAUCUGACACAAUUGUAUAAUUAUCAUGAUUAAUAAUAAUGUAGGUAUAUUAAUCUCAAAUUUUAUAAAUAUAUUCAUGUGAAAGGCAUUGUCACAAAUGACUGUAAAUACUAGCAGAGUAGUAGGUAAGUCAUAGAAUCAAUGCAGUCGCCUUAGUUUAGGAUAGAUGGAUGAAAUGAAUAGUAAAUAGUGACAAAAAUGCAAUUUGUAACAUGAAGUUCUUUUAAAAUAUGGUUGCAUAAUUUAUGUAAUAAUUUUAACCAAUAUAAACAUUUCAUAACAUUAUUGAAAGUUUCGAAACAAGCUCUGCAUAAUUUUGUACAACUUCUUUUUUUUAGGUAAUUUACACAAUAUUUUCUAUUUAUAUUAACCUCUCGCGCGCUUCUCGUACACACGGGUAAA